CACCCCACGUCCCCCCAGGAGCGCCGGGAGCCGGAGGAGCCCUCAGCCCACAUCUACCUCAACCUGCAGGAGCUGCAGCGGGAGGCCGCAGCGUGCGGCACGGCCCCGCAGCCCCACAGCCCGCCCCACAGCCCACCCCACAGCGCCGACUGGGAGACCCACCGCGACUCGGAGUCGGGACAUUUGUUUUAUUACAACCCCAGCACCGGGGAGACGACGUGGGACUGCCCCUUUGAGCAGGACGAGGAUGCUGUGAGUCCCGGCGCGUCCCCCCCGAUGUGGGGACACCAGGAGGAGCGAGGCAGCGGGCGGGCACUUUCCUAUGAUUCGGUGACAGGUGAGGGGCCGUGGGACCCACAGUGCGUGGGAGAUGGCCCCCGGGAUGCGGAGACGGGAAUGAUGCCCUACAGCCCCAUGGAGCACAGGCCGCCCGCCCCAGAAGCAGAUUACCCCGAGCUGUCCCCAGACGAGCUGGAGGCGUACCCCGAGGAGGACUGCUCACCCCUCGGGUCCUACCAGUGGGGGGCAGCUCCCUACCCACCCCCCCGGCGGCACCAGGAGCUCACGGUGUCCCCACGGUGGUACGGAGCCCCCGGGGAGCAGGAGCAGUACGGCACUGAGACGGUCCUGGCAGGUGGCCUCCACCAGCGGGCCAGCAGCAGCUCCAGCCAGGACAGCGGGUUGCUCGCAUGGCCCGGUGGCACCCCGGUAUCACCAGGGCUCCGCGAGGAGAAGCUCAAAAGCCUCGACAAGGCCGGUGUGCUCAACAGGACCAAGACGAUGGACAGAGGGAAGCGGAUGCGGAAGAACUGGAGCUCGUCCUGGACGGUGCUGGAGGGCGGAAUCCUGACCUUCUUCAAGGACUCCAAGCACUCAUCUGCGGGUGCUCUGCGGCACCCCACCACCCUCACCACCCCGGAGCACACGGUGGAGCUGCGUGGAGCUGCCAUCGCCUGGGCCAGCAAGGAGAAAUCCAGCAAGAAGCACGUGCUGGAGCUGAGGACGCGGGAGGGCUCCGAGUUCCUCAUCCAGCACGACUCGGAGCAGAUCGUCACCACGUGGCACCGGGCCAUCGCCGACAGCAUCGUGCUGAUGGGCUCCGAUGUCCCCACCGAGGAGGACGCCGAGAGCGGGACGGAGUUCGGCUCGCGGGAGAAGCUGGGCGCACCCACCCCAGGUGACAGCGAUUCCAGCAAAGUGCGCAACAAACUCCGCAAAUUCCUCCAGCGGCGGCCGACGCUGCAGUCCCUGCGUGAGCGUGGAUACAUCAAAGAUCAGGUUUUUGGGUGCUCGCUGCAAGCGUUGUGUGAGCGGGAGCACGGCACGGUGCCACGGUUUGUCCAGCAGUGCAUCCAGACUGUGGAGAGGAGAGGGUUGGACAUAGACGGGCUCUACCGGGUCAGCGGCAACCUGGCCACCAUCCAGAAGCUGCGCUACAAAGUGGACCACGAGGAACACCUGGACCUGGAUGACGGGCGCUGGGAAGACGUCCACGUCAUCACCGGUGCCCUGAAGCUGUUCUUCCGCGAACUGCCGGAGCCGCUCGUCCCCUUUGGGCACUUUGACAAAUUCAUCGCCGCCAUCAAGAUGCAGGACCCGGUGCGGAAGGGACGCUGCGUCCGUGACCUCGUGCGCUCGCUGCCGCCCGCCAACCACGACACCAUGAAGGUCCUCUUCGGGCACCUCUGCAGGGUGAUUGAGUUCAAGGAGGAGAACCGCAUGUCGGUGCAGAGCAUCGCCAUCGUCUUCGGCCCCACUCUGCUGCGGGCACCGAGCGAGGAGGGCAGCAUGGCUGUGCACAUGGUGUUCCAGAACCAGGUGGUGGAGCUCAUCCUCAACCAGUACGGACACAUCUUCCCUGAUGGGUAGCGUGUGACAUGGGGACACCACGGGGACACCGUGAGGACACCAUGGGGACAUCGCAGGGACGUCAUGGGGACACCAUGAGGAAACCAUAGGGACACCAUGAGGACAGCAUGAGGACAUCGUGGGGACAUCAUAAGGACACCAUGGGGAUGCCAUGGGAACAUUGGAGGGACAUCAUGGGAACACCAUGGGGACACCAUGAGGACAUCAUGGGGACACCAUGGGGACACCAUAAGGACAUCAU